AUGAUAGGAAACAGAUUGGAAUUAGACAAUUGGUCAAAAUUAAAAGCCGCUUUAAUACAGUGUUUCUCAGAUAGACGUGAUUUGGAUUGCCUAAUCCAAGAAUUAACAAGAACGCGACCGUUUAAAAACGAACAUCUCUUAAGUUUUGGCAGCAGAUUACAACUCCUAAAAAGUAACGUAAUUCAAAGAAUCAGUAACGAUACGUGCCUAGCGCCUCUAGAGAAAACGUGUCAGAUAAGCCACUAUGAUAAGACCGCGUUAAAUACAUUUAUUGCGGGUUGCAGCGGAACUUUAAGAAACAAUCUUUACAUUAAAAAACCGACAUCUUUAGAAGAUGCAAUGGCGUGCGUAAAUGAAUUUGAAAAUUUUGAAAUGCUUUACGGCAGUUCUAACGAACAAAACAAGGUGUACAAAACACAAAAUUUCCAUCAAAAACCAACACCAUCACAGAAUUUUCAAAAUCAAAAUAAUUUUUCUAACGCAACAAAUUUUCCACACAACAAUUCUAACUAUCAAAAUAAUAACUGA